UAUGAUUUAAAAGUUAAAAUAUAUGGUGAUAUAGUGCUAUAAUGUUGUUUUUAAUAAACUUAUGUCGUACACUGUUGCUGGUAGCUGGGGUAUAUGGAGGCAAACAAAAGAGAAUUCUUGAACCAUCUGAAGAUGCUACAGAGGAUGAACAUCCAUGGAUGGCUGCCCUAACUGACCCUAGAGGUGGUUUCUGUGGAGGUGUCAUCAUAAACAGAUGCCAUAUUCUCGCAGCAGCACACUGCUUUACAUUAGGGAAGCCGAUUAAAAAGGUGAUUCUUGGGACACAUAAGAGCAGUUUGCGAUACCUCAACAGGGGGAUCAUCUACCAAAGGGGAAGAGAAAGAAAUUCCUUUACAUACAAAAUCCAUGAAAGUGCAAAGGAAAAAAAUGAUUGGAUACCGGAUAUAGUUUUAAUUAGACUCUCAAAUCCCUUAACAUACGUCAAAGGCAGAAUUGAACCGAUAUGCCUAUCAGAUGAGCAACCUGUGAAAGGAUGGAAUGUAACCGCAUAUGGAUGGGGGAACCACCUAAUAACAAAGAAAGGGAAAAUUCAAAAUAUUCUCAAAAAACGAAAAGAUAAAAUUGGACGAUGUUCUAAACUUUCCUGCGUCAUCCAACCUGAGAUCACAGGUAAAGGAGAUUCAGGAGGGCCUUGGAUAACAGCAGGAAAGGAUGUGAAUGGAAACAAGACAACAUGCUUAAUAGGGCUGACGGAAAGUUCCCCUAGGAAUGGAGUUGAUAGGUUUACGAAUGUAGCUGAAUAUGUGAGCAACGGUUGGAUAAAAAAUACAAUGAAAACGAUGGAUGCAGAUCAACAUGACCAAUGCAAUAACACAUUAAAGUUUGACAUCUGCAAACCAGAUACUGCAGAACUUAAGAAAAAAUGCAGAGACCUGAAAAUGAAAAAGAACAUGGUAUUAAUAAGUGGAUCCCUCUUCAACAGCAGAGCUGGAGACACUGUUACGGUUGGGUGCAGUCCUUUAUAUGUGACCGUUGGAAGUAAACAGGUCUCAUGUACUUCAAGGGGAAACUGGAAGCCAGAUUCGCUCCCUCAGUGCAUAAGUUUUGUAGAUUAUUGGCUGUAUUUUGCUAGACAUGUAAACCCAGCUAAACUUUUUCAAUAAAAUGUACAGUAUAG